AUGAGGUUAGCGUUCAAAAGAUUGCAUUUAUCAAGGCAAAUUUCAUUUUUAUCUGGCUUCAACACAGCGUUAAGCUCAUUUCAAAAUACGUCAAGCUUCAACAGCAUCUCAUCUCGAGCCUUUUCUUCACAUUUUGAUUUUCUUAUUCCCCCCUUUUUAAAAUGGAACAAAAAGCCUUCAUUUUAAAACAAAGCUACAAAUUUUUCACUCCUUCUGCACCACACAAAAACAUCUGAGCCAAUUAACAAGAUUAUUUUAGUUUUUUAAAAAAAUUAUUUUUUAAAAAUUUAUCAAUUCAAAGUUCAAAGUUUGUUUAAAUAUUAUUCUGCUCGCACUCAGUAAUUUAAAGUUGAAAAAUCUACGCGAAUUGUUUGACUUUUAGAACAUUAAAUUUGCUAUCAACACUAUUUUAAUUUUACUUACUCCCCCCCCCCCCCUCCGUGAGCGAACAAAAAAAUUUUGUUCACUCACGGAGGGGGGUUAAUUUUUUUUUUUAAAAAAAAUUUUUAUAUAUAAAUUUUUAUAAAAAUAUUUUUUUUCGAAAUUUUAAAAAAAAUCCUAAUUUGCAAAAAUUGGGAAGCAAAUAUUAAUUUAAUUUGCAAAAUUUAUGUUUUAAAACGCAUUUUUGUUUAAAAUUAAACAGAAUUAGCUCUAGAUUUCAUUAUACUAAUUAUCACUUAUAUAUCAAAAUUUUUUUCCAUUAAAAUUUUUUCUAUUAAAAAAAUUUUUGUUCGCUCACGGAGGGUGGGUUUUUGGUCAAAAAAUGGGUGAUUUUUCUAAUGGUUUUGUUCGCUCACGGAGGGGGGGGGGGGGAGUUAAAGAAUAAAGUUUUUUUGAUAGUUUAAAGUGUAGUUUCCUUCUUAAAAAACAAAAUUAUCGAUAUUUUGUUCCAAUAGAAUUUAAAGGAGAGUCAAUGAUGAAAAUUACAACACAAUUUCAGCAAAAAAUCUCCGAUCAAGACAAGAUAUUUAUGUUGGAAAUCUACCAUAUGACACUACAGAAUCAGAAAUUAGAAAACACUUCGAACAAUUUGGAAGACUCACAAGAUUUUCACUUUUAAGCGGCCCAGAUGGUUCCUUCAGAGGAAAAGUAUUUAUUACUUAUGAUAAUCCAGAAAGCACUAAAUUAGCUCUUAAAGAGAAUUCACAGCUUUUUAAAGGAAGGGUCAUAGAAGUAAGCCUUGAUGCUGAUAGAAGCAAAGAAAAAGCAAAAAUUGAAAAAAUAUCUAAAAGUGAUGAUUGCACUAUUUUUAUUAGAAAUCUUCCGUUUAGCGUAGGGGCUGAAUUAUUAAAAGAAAAAUUCGAGAAAUUUGGAAAAAUUCUUGGAAUUGACAUUGAUAGUUUAGAAAGACAAGAUCUUCCUCCUGGCAUUGCAUUUAUAACUUAUCAAUCAGCCGAAAUGGCUAAAGCAGCUCAAGAAAAUAUGAAUGGAAAAGAGCUAGAAUCCAGAGCAAUAUCUGUGACACUAAAGCAAAGAAAAGAUAAGCUAAAUGAGAAUAGAGUAUAUGUAAAGAAUCUACCUGGAUCAAUUACUACUGAAGCAAUAAAAACACAUUUUGGCCAUUGUGGAGAGAUUGAAUCAAUCGAUAUUAGAGAUCAUGGGGUAGGAUAUGCUCUGAUAAAAUUUAAAAACUCCCAAGGUUUGAAUAAUGCUUUAAAAAUGAAUGACCAAGAAAUUGAUGGAGUUAGAAUUUAUGUUUCUGAUUGCGGAAGAAAAUCUUUUGAAGAUAAAAAUAAUUCAGCAAGUCCUAACUCCUUGCCUUCAUGCCAAGCAAAGCAAUUGUAAAAAAUUGUUGAGAAAUAAACUAUCCUCUGUGAAUUCUUUCAAUAUAAAAUUUCUUGGAAAUAUUUUUCUCUAUAUAAUUUUAUUAAUUCAAAAUAGCUUAAACUCUAAAACACAGAAUUUAUAAAUGCACUUGAAUUUGUAUACAAAUGUUUUCAAUUGAAAAUUUUAAAUACUAUAAACUAUUAUAUUGUGUUUUUUAAAAGCUAAUCACGGGUGGAGUAGAGAUUUAACAUAUUCAAACCCAAAAGAUUUUGGGGAAGCUUCAUAUGCUUCUGUGCCAUUAUUUCAAAAUGAGAAAGCUAGUGAUAUCUCAGAAAACGCCAGCACCACAAAUCAAAAUCUCUAUUCAUCUUGCAGCAAUAAAAUCAUCGGUUUCCGAUGAAGAUUAAAGAUUAAAUAAUUAAGCUCGAAUGAGUCUUGGGAGUUUAUUUCAGCCCUCUCUGCAUUCGCCGACUUCAGGCUCUUCGCCCUAAGCAUCGAUUAGCAUUACUCCAUUUUCUUUCAGCGCAGCCAAAAAAUGGUGCUGUCGCCAUUUCUCUAGGAGACGCACCCAUUUACUUUUUUCGACAACUCCUAGAGGUCGGCACGAUUUACCCAGGAAUAGGAGGUAAGCAUGACCCUGAACUCCCCUUUUGGUCCCCAAUAUUCUCUCUCGCAUCCAUAACUGUGAAGUUGUCUUAUGAACUCUUGCUUCCUUGUCUUUUAGUACAGGAUAAAAAAAACCUGUUGUAAUGUCCCGACUAAGGAGAGAAAAAGUCAACCCUGGACACAAAGUUUCAGGCCUCAACCCUCUUAUACCCAAAAACCCCUAGGGUAUGGUCGGAUAAGUCACUAUUUUGUUUGUGUCAUACCGAUGAAGAAGAAAAGCAAUUUAGUGUCUUUUUAUCAAAUUUACCUCCAAAUGUAAGCAAGAAUGAUUUAAAAGCGCUAUUCAAAUCAUGUGGAGAAGUAGAUAAUAUCAUAGUAAGUUGUUCACUUAACCCCAAAAAUAAACGAAUUUUGAAUAAUAUAGAACAAAAUUACAAUAGUAAUUUUUAUAUGAAUAGAUUGAAUUUUGCUUAUUACUGAAGAUAAAACAUGAAAAUUUAAAUCUUGAACAAUUAUCCACCUAUAAAUAAGUAUGAUCUAUUCAAUAAAAUUUACUUGCUUUUUAUUGAAGGAGUUAACAAAACUUCCCAAAAGUAGUGGAAUCAUUAAAUUUUAUGAUCAAGUAGGUGCCGAAAAUGCUAGAAAACUUGGUAAUAUUGAUUAUAAUGGCUGUAAUAUAAAAAUCCAAAAACGAACACCCAAUUCAUCAAAAGGGUUUGAUAUACGCGUCAAAUUUUUGCCACGAGACGCAACUGAAGAUGAAAUAAAACAGAUUUUUGGAGAUUGUGGAACUAUAACAAGAUUGCAUUUCCCAACUGAUCGAUUCGGAAAUAAAAUUGAUGUCUGCUUCGUUGGAUUUGAGAGCUUAGAGCAGGCGCAGGCUGCCAUCAAAAAAGACAAAUUAAUUUACAAAAAUUUCCCAUUAGAGGUAAAGUUAUUUACAGAUGAAAAUAGAGAAAUAGGGUCUGUGUUUGAACGGAGGGAUUCCUUAAGUAUUUUAGUAGGAAAUAUUCCAUUUCAUGGAAUUGACGAAAAAGAUAUAAAAGAUUUUUUCUCUCACUCCCCCCCCCUUGAAAUUGGAACUAAAAAUUUGAUUCCAAUUUAAAGGGGGGUUAAUUUUUUUUUUUAAAAAAAAAUAUCAAUAUAAAAUUGUUUAUAAAAAACAAAAGUCAAAAACUUAUCGAGUUAGAUUAAUAUAUUUGUUUAAUAAAAUGCUAUUUACUCUUUAUCCUUUAAAAAAAAGCAAGAUAUAACUAAAUUUUCAUUAUUAAUUAAUACGCCACUAUUAAUUGGCAUCAAAAUUAUUUUACACAAAAAUUAUUAUUUUUAUUUAUUGAAAAAAAAAUUAAAAAAAAAAAUUUUAGAAAAUUUAUCAUCAAAGUGUUAAUUUUUUUUAAAUAAGAUGUUAUUUUAUACUCUAUUCUUUAAAAUAAAGCUCGAAAUAAGUAAAUUUUGAAAUUUUAUAAAGAAUUCCUAUUGAAUUUAUAUCAAAACUAUCCGAAUAAAAAAUAUCAUUUUUAUCAAAAAAUAAUGAAAAAUUUUUAAAAAAACAAAUUAAUUUUUUUUAAAAUUUAGCAAUUAAGGAUAAUAAUUUUUUUUAAAUAAGAUGCUCUUUAUACUUUCUUCUUUAAACAAGAGCAAGAUAUAACUAAAUUUUUAAUUUUAGUUAAGAAGAAACAUUUAAAUUAUAUCAAAACCUUUUAGAUAAAAAUUAUAUAUAAUUUUUUAUUAUAAAAUUAAAUUUUGUUCCAAUUUAAAGGGGGGAGUCAGUGUGGGAAAAUUGUCAAUGUUCAUUUAGUUAGGAGAGAGAAUGGGAAAGUCCUAGGCUAUGGGUUUGUUGAAUUUAGUAGUCAAGAAGAAGUUCAAAAAGCAAUAAAUCUUGAAGAUAAAACACUAUUAGGAAGAACAUUACGUAUUUCACAAAAAAGAUCAAGCAGCAUUAAGAAUUAA